UACUCAUCUGAGAAAACAGUCUUUUAUAUAAAUUGCAGAAAUGGGAAAGAAAUAUAUGUAUGCUAUGUCUUGGGUAUUUUUAACAGGUCAGACAGUUGGGUAAUAAUGAAAGAUCUUUAAAAUGUGAGAUGUUUUUUGAAUUAGAUCCAAUGACCUCCUGAUGACCUUGGCGAGGAUCUGCUUUCAAAGUCAGACUUCUCAAUUUUACCUUCACCACCUUCCAGACAUGUGUGUACUUUACCUCUUUGUGCCUCUGUAUUCAAUUGCUUUUUCUACAAAAUGAGAAUAAAAGGAAUAAUAUCAUGUAAGAAAACUGUGUUGACUAAAUAAGAUAAUUCAGGGAAGUUUGAGCAAAAUGUUUAACACACUGGAAGCUCUUAAAUGGUUAUUAAUUAUGGUCACUGAUAUUACCAUGACCUGUCUCUUUGUGAUGUCCCCUUUAUGUUGACAGCUCUUGUCUGAGGCCGAAUUUGGCACUCUACUGACAGGGUUCUGCCGUGUCGAUACUGAAUCAGAAGACCCUAGCUGUGAUCCCAGUGCCACCAUUUCCCAGACAUGUGGCCAGGACAAAUCUCUCGGUCAAUUUGAUCAGCUGUCAAUGUGAAGAAUCACUUGCGUUCUGCCCCAGCGCUCAGGCCACCUGGGGAGCACAUUGAUUGGGGGGGGGGGCUCAGCUUUGUGCUGUCCAUCCUGAAGACUGAACCUAGCAUCCUCAGGGGUGGUAAAUUAGGUGAACAGGAAGCAGCCUACCACUGGUGUAGCUCCACCCUUCUUACUUUUCCUUUUGAAGCAGGCUGUCCUGGAACUUGGACUCCUCCUGCCUCAGGCAGGGUACUGAGAAGCUGGGAUUACAGGCCUACACUACCAGAUCUGAUUUGUUUCAUCUUUAAUAUAAAGUUUUGUAAAGCGUGUGAAAGCCUGCCAGUGUUAUUGCUGGGGUUUGAUUCCAUUAAGUGUAAAGAAACAGAGAGCCCCUGUUUUACUAGGUCAGGCUACAAGUUACCGCGGCGGCCACACCACAGGCCUCACCACACACAGCCUUUAGCUUCAAGGUGGUGUUCGCCUCAGCAAAUGAGAGGCAGAUAGGAAAAUAUGAAACCCAGUCAUGCUUUCCUGACCAGCAAUUCCGACCGCUAUUGUUUCCAUGCUUUGAUGUUUGUUUGUAUUUAUUUCUGUUUGUUUUUGAGGCAAACACUAAAGUAGCUCAGGCUGGUCUGAACUCAACUCCUGGAUACUUCUGCCUCCACCACUCGAAUGCUAGGAUUACAGUCAGGGCCUCCACAUCUGUUCUGCAUGCUCAGUUUUGCUAUAAAGAAUCUAUAAUAAUAUUUUUGUUUAGACUGGAAAGUGCAGGUUUAAAAACAAGGCUCAAACCCAGGUUCCAUGGCACAUGGCUCUGUAUUUUCCAUCUGUUUUGAAAAUAUGCAAACUAUUACAUAAAAAUGUAUUUAGAUUCAUUGAUGAACUAGAAUAAAAGAUGUAUCAUUGUCUCUCUGCAUUUUGUAAAUUUCUGUUUUACACACAACCAAUGAAUAAAAUAGUUUUAAAUCUGUGAUGUUCUUGACAAUCAAAAGGGCAUCCGGGUUCUGCUCGUGAGCUGUCUGCAAAGGUCUGUGAGGGAAUACUGCUUUGCAGGACAGUCAAGACCGAGGAAAAGAACUCAUCUUUGAAAUAAUGACUAUUUACUAGAUGAGAUUUUUUUAAAAUUUAUAUCCCUGAAUUUGAGUUCUUCUCAGAAAUCUGAUCCCAAAACCAUGGAUUGCAGAUCUGUGAUGGUUACAAAGACCGUCCUAAUGAAACGUCUCCAAUAAGAGAAUCCUGUCUCACUAAGUCGCAGUAAGUUUGAACUAAAAUUCACUGUAACAGGGCUGCCCUGGGGCAAAAUUUCAGGCACUACAGCUUUAAGAGUUCAAUCACACCUCAUCGAGAGCUGUUCUGACUGAGGGAAAGCCAGCUUGGCUAUUAAAAACAUGCUGCAAAUUAAUGUAAUAAUAUUUUUUUCAACUCCUCUGAGCUUUACCUCCAGGAUUCCUCUCGGCAAAGCUCUGGUGGUUUUUUGCUUUGUUGUGUUUUGUUUUUUAUAAAGCCUCAGUCUCCUUGCUCUGCCUUUCAUGGAAACGACUCUCAGAAGAGAGGCGGCAUUACACAGCAAAAAGGAAAACCAGCCAGCCAGGUUUAAGCCGAAAGCCACAGCUUUCCCCGGAAAACAUGGAAUUUCCACAGAGAAAACUCCUCAGCUGAUUUAUUUCAUGUCUAGGAAACCUAAGGAUGGAAUAGUUUAAGAUCUCUGAAGACUUCAGAUUAACAUUAUAAUAGUAGUAAUUGUCAGAAAUACAAUAUCGUUUUCAAUGUAUAAAUAUUCAGUAAGAGAAGUAAGCAUGCAGUCAGUGACUCAAUAUCAGAAAAGGGAUGCCGGGCCAGAUGGGUUUGUUCUGAUUUAAAACAGUGGCAACAUAUACAUAUGACCCAGUUGUGUGUGUGUGGGGGGGGGGGACAGUCUUUCUCUCCCGAGGACAUUAUUAUGUUUCUUUCAGCAGCUGAAACAAGUGAGCAAGCACGGCCUGCUAAUAAAGUUUGACACCGGAGGCUCAAGUAGAAAUAAGUGGUCUGGUUUUCUACUCCCUCAGAGUCUCCUUCCUAGCUGACAGUGUUCUGGACCUCCCACAUCAACCACCCCUUUAGUAAUCUGCAAAGGGCGAGCCAUAAACAAGUUUCCAUUACAGAUCCUAGAAGCAGAUACCAGGCAACAGGAUCAGACUCAGGUCUCAGCAGGCUGCAGAUCUCACCAGAGGCAGGUGCAACCUACCAACUAGGCAGUGUGGCUUCUUUCUUCCUCUCCUCUCCCUCUCUCCCUCCCUUCUUUUCUUCCUCUUUCCUCUUUCUUCUUUCCAGAGCCCUUUCUUGCUGACAUCUUCCAUUCAUGUGUGUGUGUGUGUGUGUUUUAAAAUUCUAAAAGAAAAAGCUAAGAAAGUAGAAAAGGGGAGAAAAAGACUUGAUUCAUUUUAAAAUAUGCAUCUUCCCUUGUGACCCAAUAAAUUAAUUUCAUAUGCAAAGACUGUAUUUCCAUUCUCGUUACACAGCCCCUCAAAUACCUCACAGUGAUUCUCUCUUAACUAAGUUAACAUUCGAAUGUGUCCUAGUGAGGAAUGCAGAAAUAGAAAAAUGUUCUUGCAUUCUCAAAAAAAAAAAGUGAUUCAAAGCAGACAGUAUCUUACGCAACAAUUCAGAGAUAAGGUCAUUAAAACUCUUAUAUCUGGAUCAUAUGUGGAGGUUCCUUCUUUAGAAUAAACCACAAAAGUGCUGUAGUAAACUCAGUGCCAGCCCCACAGUGUGGUAACUCAGACAGCCUUUCACUGGCACUCCACUGGUGCUGGUUUGCCCCAGCUUGUCGCUACAAUGUCACCAAGGGGUAAACAGGCACAAACAUUUCUUUCUAUGAAAAACAUCAAGGAGGUAAAUUUUCUUCAAAAACCCAAGACAGAAAAGUAAAGAAGAUUAGUUACUACAGCCCUUUUUUUAAAAAAGCAAUAAUAAUAAAGAGAUUGAAUAAAGGGUUUAACCUUCAAAUCACCUUCAGGAGCAAGUCAGAAAGGAAAGAGCAAAGUCUAAAGUGGAAGGCUGUGGUGGGGCUGAAACAAUAAUGUUUAAACCAUUGGCACAAUUUCCCCUUAACAGAGGGACUUAUAAGACCCUGCACUAUCCCUUAAUGGCCCAGACUGAUCAACAGUUUCGGUGACAUUGAAGCUACAAUGUUAAACUAUAAGCACCGGCUUUAGCCUAAGUAAUUGGCCAUGACUUUGUUUGAAAGCAGCAUUUUCCUCUCUAUAACUGGUUGCACGCUUAACAUUUUUUUAGCUAGUUUAGAUAUAAGGCAAAACAGGAUGAUUGUGAAAUUAAACAUUUGUUUCCUUGUAAAUGUCUCUGCAGCGUCAUCUCUAUGCCAAAGCCCCGCAAAAAACUCGUAGCUGAAGCCUGUUGGCCACCCAUGUGCUGUCACUGCAGAUAGCUCUCCCCGUGAACGUUCAGCAAGACGCUGCUGGCGGCUCUCUAUAUCUCAGUAAAAGCAGGCAGUAACACAUAGCUCAUGCAUAAAUACUGCAUUGGAAGGAUGCGGCAGUAUCUAUAUGGCAUCCAGCUGAGGUCCCACCCUGCUGGCCCACGUUUGACAGACCCGCAGAGUUUCCAUUUUCACUUAUCUUUCCAUAGGAAAUCAACAAAUCUGGGUUUUACAGAAUUUACAAGUUAGUCCUCCACUUUGUGGACUGCCCCUCUCAGUGACUUGAGUCUGGGCUCCCGCUGCUUUAAGCAGUAACCAACACUCAGCAAAUCAGAUGGGCCUCAUACCCAACCCCCUCACUCUCCACCCCCGCAGCCUGCAGCCCGCAAUGCUGCAGUUUCACGUUCUAGAACCAAAGGGUAACUCCUCAAAUGAACCCUUUUUUUUUCCUUUUAAAAUCUCACUUCUACCUUAAAAUGCAUGGGGCCAAGAGCUUAUAAAACUGCAAAAUUAAAGUCUCCAGAAAGAAAGGCACCUGUGAUUCCUUACUGAUUAAUACAACCCCAUCACAUCAUGAGGAGGCAAUUAGAAGGCGUUUCAGCUUGCUGUCUCUGCUUCUGACCCACAGUCAGUCCCUCCUGGUGCGGUCCUCAGCUCAAGCCCUGCUUUCCAUCCUCACUUUGUCUGGCAGGACUCUGAACUCUCUCACUCUGAAUUUUCCCAAACCGCAAUCCAAAACAGAAGGGCUUUCUCACUUAAAAACACACACCCAGCUACACAGUGUAAAACUAUACAACCCUGUAGGAUGUCUGCUUAAACAAACAUGCUUAAAAGAUGGUUGGCCUAUGCCAAAUCGGCCAUCAAAAUCUACCUGGGCAAACAUAUUCCUUUUUUUUUUUUAAGGGAGGGGAAAUGCCUGGUUUACUCAAGGCUGGGAUGAAUCUAUUCUGUAACCUUUCAGUUAGUUUUAAGCUAAUUGAGUGUCCUUGUCAAUAGUUAUAGCACACAAAAGUAGUGCCUAGACAGAACCAUGACAGGGCAUUUUUUCAAACUUAUCGUACUGCCUGUCUCCCUGGAUUUUUCAUCUCGGAUUUCAAAUCCCCCUUCCCAGGGAAUAGUUGACCUUCAGAUUUCAGGCCUUGUGUCUCCUCCUUUCCCAGCAUCCAUCAUUUCUUGGUAAAGUCAAACUGGGUUUCAAGUCUCUAUUUCCCUUAACUGAGUGUAACGGAUUUUAGUUGUUUUCAAAAUCUGCAGUCUGCUCAUUGUGCCAACUCUGCACUGCAGAGAAGUCUUCGAGUGGGCUUUCCAGCUUGCUUCCUACAAACAAGCAGUCACUACAAACAGGUUUAGUGUUCGCUGGGGGAGAGGACCUAAAAGUGACCCUCUUCUAAGCUCUGGUAGGCAGGAAACCCAGCAGCAUCCCAUGGCCCCGCCUGGGCGCUGUCCUAGGUGCUGCCGGAUCCUUGGGCGCCCCUGCGCCUUACCUGCUGGAAGCUGCCGAGAUUCCCCAACCGUUAAGCAGACUGGAGUGCCACAUCUUACUUUUAACACAAAUGACUACCCCGGUCUGUCCUCUUUGUCCCCUUCCCGGAGGUUUCAGAUCGGCCAUUCCUCAGAAACUCUCUCUCUUUUUUUUUCUUCUGCAUAACUCUCGGCUCAUCUCCGCCUGCUUUAAGACAAGGGGGAGGAGAAGGAAAGGGUGGACUGACAAGGACGAUAAGAAAGAGUGGGGGAGGAAAAAAGAGAGUGUGGGAGAAGGAGAGAAGGGGUGAAAGACAAGGCGGCAAAGAAAAAAGUUCCAUGGGCAAGGGCUCCAAGGGAAAUGCCGGGUGAUAACUAAAAGAGAGGGGGUGGGGGAAGAGGAAGGGCCGCAAGGGGAGUGGGGGGUGACAAAGAACAGCAGAGCCUAAGGCCAAAAGUGCGGAAGAAAGAAACUAAGAGGCAGGGGACCAAAGAAGAGCCAGGAGGCCGGAUAAGAACUGCCCAAAGGGCCGGAGAGUGACUAAACAAAGAAAGGGCGCUGGGUCGGCACUUGCACCAAGGCUAGGAGCUGCAAACUGCAGGUGAAACGCAGAAAAGGGAGAUCUACAGGGUGACAAGUGGUCUGGGACCCAAGGGGACGCUGGAGAAGGACCGGCCGGGCUGCACCCAAGUGCGGGGUCCACUGUGGCGCGGGCCCACAUGGAGCGCAGAGCGGCCGCUGAAUCACCGCAGGGCUUAUCUCCCCCUUCCCCCCACCCCGGCCCGGUGCCCGCAGUCCCCGCCUCCUCGACCGCCGCCUCCACGGGGCGGGGCCCUGGCCCGGGACCAGCUGCUCGGCUAUAAAGGGGCUGCGGCGAGGCCGGCAGAACGCUGUGACAGCCACACACUCCAAGGCCUCCAAGAUGAGCUACACUCUGGACUCGCUGGGCAACCCGUCCGCCUACCGGCGGGUCACCGAGACCCGCUCCAGUUUCAGCCGCGUGAGCGGGUCCCCGUCCAGCGGCUUCCGCUCGCAGUCCUGGUCCCGCGGCUCUCCCAGCACCGUGUCCUCCUCCUACAAGCGCAGCGCGCUCGCCCCGCGCCUCGCCUAUAGCUCGGCCAUGCUCAGCUCUGCAGAGAGCAGCCUUGACUUCAGCCAGUCCUCCUCGCUGCUCAACGGCGGCUCCGGAGGCGACUACAAGCUGUCCCGUUCCAAUGAGAAAGAGCAGCUGCAGGGACUGAACGACCGCUUCGCCGGCUACAUCGAGAAAGUGCACUACUUGGAACAGCAGAACAAGGAGAUCGAGGCGGAGAUCCAGGCUCUGCGGCAGAAACAGGCCUCCCAUGCCCAGCUGGGUGAUGCUUACGACCAGGAGAUCCGAGAGCUGCGAGCCACGCUCGAGAUGGUGAACCACGAGAAGGCUCAGGUGCAGCUGGACUCCGAUCAUCUGGAGGAAGACAUUCACCGGCUCAAGGAGCGCUUCGAGGAGGAAGCGCGACUGCGCGACGACACGGAGGCUGCCAUCCGAGCGCUGCGCAAAGACAUCGAGGAGUCCUCGAUGGUAAAGGUGGAGCUGGACAAGAAGGUUCAGUCGCUGCAGGAUGAGGUGGCCUUCCUGAGAAGCAAUCACGAAGAGGAGGUGGCCGACCUGCUGGCUCAGAUCCAGGCGUCGCACAUCACGGUAGAGCGCAAAGACUACCUGAAGACAGACAUCUCCACGGCCCUGAAGGAGAUCCGCUCCCAGCUCGAGUGUCACUCAGACCAGAACAUGCACCAGGCCGAAGAGUGGUUCAAAUGCCGCUAUGCCAAGCUCACCGAGGCGGCCGAGCAGAACAAGGAGGCCAUCCGCUCCGCCAAGGAAGAGAUCGCCGAAUACCGGCGCCAGCUACAGUCCAAGAGCAUCGAGCUCGAAUCCGUGCGUGGUACUAAGGAGUCCCUGGAGCGGCAGCUCAGCGACAUCGAGGAGCGCCACAACCACGACCUCAGCAGCUACCAGGACACCAUCCAGCAGUUGGAAAAUGAGCUUCGGGGAACAAAGUGGGAGAUGGCUCGUCAUUUGCGAGAAUACCAGGAUCUCCUCAACGUCAAGAUGGCCCUGGACAUCGAGAUCGCCGCAUACAGGAAACUCCUGGAGGGUGAAGAGACCAGAUUUAGCACAUUUUCAGGAAGCAUCACGGGGCCUCUGUACACACACCGACAGCCCUCUGUCACAAUAUCCAGUAAGAUUCAGAAGACCAAAGUCGAGGCUCCCAAGCUCAAGGUCCAACACAAAUUUGUGGAGGAGAUCAUCGAGGAAACAAAAGUGGAAGAUGAGAAGUCAGAAAUGGAAGACGCCCUCACGGCUAUUGCAGAGGAGCUGGCAGCCUCUGCCAAAGAGGAAAAGGAAGAAGAGGCAGAGGAGAAGGAAGAGGAACAGGAAGCCGAAAAGUCCCCUGUGAAGUCUCCUGAGGCUAAGGAAGAAGAGGAAGGGGAAAAGGAGGAAGAAGAAGGCCAGGAGGAAGAAGAAGAGGAAGAGGAAGGUGCCAAGUCAGACCAGGCAGAAGAGGGAGGAUCUGAGAAGGAAGGCUCCAGUGAAAAGGAUGAAGGUGAGCAGGAAGAAGAGGGAGAGACUGAGGCAGAAGGUGAAGGAGAGGAAGUAGAAGCUAAAGAGGAAAAGAAAACUGAAGAAAAGGUUGAAGAAGUGGCUGUCAAGGAGGAAAUCAAGAUUGAGAAGCCAGAGAAAGCCAAGUCUCCUGUGCCAAAAUCACCAGUUGAAGAGGUAAAGCCAAAACCAGAAACCAAAGCCGGGAAAGACGAGCAGAAGGAGGAAGAGAAAGUUAAGGAAGAAAAGAAGGAAGUCGUCAAGGAAGCACCUAAGGAAGAGAAGGUAGAGAAAAAGGAGGAGAAGCCAAAAGAUGUACCAGAGAAGAAGGCUGAGUCUCCGGUGAAAGAGAAAGCUGUGGAGGAGGUGAUCACCAUCACCAAGUCGGUAAAGGUGAGCCUGGAGAAAGACACCAAAGAGGAGAAGCCUCAGCAGCAGGAGAAAGUCAAGGAGAAGGAGAAGGCAGAGGAGGAGGGAGGGAGUGAGGAGGAGGGGAGCGAUCGCAGCCCACAGGAAUCACGGAAGGAAGACAUAGCUAUCAAUGGGGAGGUGGAAGGAAAAGAGGAGGAGCAGGAAACUCAGGAAAAGGGCAGUGGGAGGGAAGAGGAGAAAGGGGUGGUCACUAAUGGCUUAGAUGUGAGCCCAGCAGCUGAAAAGAAAGAGGAUGAGGACAAGGUGGUGGUGACCAAGAAGGUGGAAAAAAUCACCAGCGAGGGGGGCGAUGGUGCUACCAAAUACAUCACCAAAUCUGUAACCGUCACUCAAAAGGUCGAAGAGCAUGAGGAGACCUUUGAGGAGAAACUAGUGUCAACUAAAAAGGUAGAAAAAGUCACUUCACACGCCAUAGUCAAGGAAGUCACCCAGGGUGACUAAGAUCUGAGUCCACUGCAAAAGGUUAAGCCAUACGACAAUUUCAAAAUGCAUGUGAUUGACAGCUUCAAAACAGAAUGGGUUCUCCCAUGGGGGCUCCAGACAUUGUAUUUUCCUUUGUGCAAUAAGAGGGAACUGCAUGCAAGCUCAGGGUGCCUCCUCCUCGGUCUUUGGGGGAAUCCAAAUGCAUGAUAGUGUAUGUACCUGGGGAAUUUGCCAGUUUCCUAAACUGUUGGAAGAGGGGCACUCGGGGGGGAUGUCUUGAGAUGUAAUAUGCAAAGUACCAACUGAGCCAAAAAUAAUAAGUGAAACAGAACUCUCUUAGCCUUAAGAAAGCUAUAUAUGAAUACUUAUGUUUACCUCACUGGUGCAUUUAAAAUGGACUUCUGCUCAUGGGAGAACCUUGCUGACCGCACAGUUUGCAACCUUACGUUGAUCGAUGUUCAAUGUCACAUCAGUCUUUGCUCAAUAAAGGUCAUACUGGAA